AGAUGCUGAAUGGAAAAUAAAUAAUAACUAAACAAAUAAGACAUGAGAUUGACCCGUUUGGGGACAGAGAAGACUUCAGAACUAUGGAUCCUGGUUUCAAAGAGAAAAACAAAGAAAAAUGUGAUGUUACCAGUUUCUCACAGACCCCUUGCCUGUCAGGCAGAAGAAGUCCAAAUUAUGAUCGCCCCAACAUGAGUGAUCUGAGGAUUGUUCUGCUGGGGAAGAGUGUCUCAGAUAACAGUCGAGUGGGAAACUUCAUUUUAGGACGAGCAGCAUUUGACAGUGAAGCUCCUCCAGAUGUUGUGGAGAGAGUCAGAGGAAGAUUGAAGGACAGACAUGUGAUCAUCAUCAACAGUCCUCGGCUGCUCCAGACAAACAUCUUAUGGUAUCAGAUGACACAGACAGUGAGAGAGUGUGUGAAUCUGUCUGAUCCAGGACCUCAUGUGAUCGUUCUGCUCCUCAAACAUGAGCACUGUUCAACAGAAGAUCAAGAGUGUGUGGAGAAGGUGCUGGGAUCUUUCUCCGAGCGCGUUUAUCAACACACCAUGGUGCUCACAACACAAGAGCCCAAUGAAACCAAUGACAUCCUACAGAAAAUCAUUCAGAAAUGUGCAAACAGACACUUCAGUCUUCAGAGAAGCAGCUCUCUUUGUGAUCUUCUGCAGAUGUUUGAGGACAUUGUGAAAGUGAAUGACGGACAGCACCUGGAUUGUGCUGAAGCUUCACAGUAUUUCAAUAUAGAGCAACAGGCCACAGAAAAAAUUUCAGAGAGUAUAAAGCUGAAUCUGGUUGUGUGUGGGAUUGACGUGACUUUAAAGUCCUCCAUAUCAGAGUGGAUCCAGCAGCAGACAGAUGUGAAGCUUCAUGGACAUAAGAUCAGUCUGCUGCAGCUUCCAGCUCUGAUUCAGCUCUCAGAGGAGGAAGUGAUGCGUCAGAUUCUUCGCUGUGUGUCUCUCUGUCAUCCUGGAGUUCAUGUUUUCCUCCUCAUUAUUCCUGAUGCUCCAAUCAAUAAUGAAGACAAAGCAGAAAUGGAGGAGCUCCAGAGGAUCUUCAGCUCAAGAAUCAACAAACACAUCAUGGUCCUCAUAAUGCAGAAUUCAGAGCAUCAGACUGCAGAACUCAAUGAAGAAACACGGUCUUUUAUUGAGAGUUUUGGAGGACGUCAUUAUUUCUUUGGUCCCAAAACACAAGUGUCUACAUUGAUGGAGAACAUAAGGCAGAUGCUGGAAAAAAAUAGAGGCAAGGUUUUUUCCACAGAGACAUUUUUGGAGGCACAGAUGAAAAAACUACUGCGGUUUGAAGAGAUGGAAAAGAAAAUACAUUCACUAGAGACACGUUUACUGUCAAAAGGUUUAGAAGAAAGGGAAGAUGAUCUGAGAAAAAGCAUCAAAGUUGGGGAAAGUUCAAAAGAAGAAAACAAAAUGAAGAACCUGAUGGAGAGAGUGGAUCAAAUGAACAGAGAAAGAGAAGAACUGAUGAAGAAACAUAAAGAAGAAAAAAGGAGAAUGAAGAUGAUUGUAGAGGAAGAAAGACAGAAUCACGACAAAGAGAAAAAGAGAAGAGAAGAAGAAUUUAAUGAGAGAGAAGAACAAUAUAAAAGAAAAAUGAAAGAAAAAGAGGAUCAUAUGAGAGACAAAGAGGAAUGGGAGAGGCAGAAACAAGAAGAAAGACAAAAAGAGGAUGAGGAAUGUAGAAAAAAAGAAAAACAGAUGUCUGAUGAACAGAUUCAGAGACUCAAGAAUGAAAUAGAGGGGAUGAUCAAAGAGAACAAGAGAAUAGAAAGAGAGAAACACGAACAAGUAGAGGAUUUGGAGACAAGACUAAAAGAAGAAAGAAACAUGACAGAAGCUCUACAAAAGUCUUUCGAAGAGAAUCUGAAACUCCUUGAAGAACAGUAUGAAGAUGAACUGAAGAUAAGACAAGUGGAGUGGAGGGAGGAAUAUGAAAGAGAGAAAGAAGAAAUGAAGAAGAAGAUCUGUUCUGAAACUGAUGAUUCACUACAGGCCUCAGCCUAUAGGAAACUGGAGACUGAAUACAGCAAGUGGUCCUGGAGACUUUGUAGAGCCAUGAUGGAAACUGAGAACAAACUACAAAACAAAAUAGAAAAUGAAGCAAUUCAUGAGAUUGAAGAAAAUGAUCUUCAAGGAGAACUGAAGGAGACAAGUGAAGAAGUGCAAAGAUCCAUGUCUGAAUUAUUUGAGAAAGAUAAAGAUAAAGAUUUACUGAUUCAGUGGAAAAUGACAUUUGACAUCAAAAUGAAAGAUGUUGAAGGAAAUAUUGUGAGAGAAACAAAGAGAAAAUUAAAUGAGAUUCUUCAACAGCGAGAUCUGAUAAAAGCGAUUGAUGAUCAGAGGACGCAUCAUGAAAACACUCACUUUGAGAAGAGCAAAGAACUUGUUUUAAAACUAAAAGACAAAGCAAAUGACAAAGAAACAAUGAGUAAAGAGUUUGAUUUAUUUUGGGAACAGUGGAUGAAGAAGAUCAUCUCAGACACUCCUCCAAUAAGAGACAUUGACAUAAUGAGAGACAUGAGAGAGAUCCUCAGUAACGUCUAUAAAAGUGCUCUUGUAGACCACAAGAAGGAAAGGAGAGAUAUUUUUUGUGUGCCAAAUUAUUUAGAGUAUGUAUGGUUAAAAAGAGUCAGUGGACUUAAAGGAAUGAUCACAAAUGUCUACAAAUCAGCUGUAGAGAAGUUUGGUUACAGUCUAUCUAUGGACGAUGCAAAUCAAAUAACAUCAUUAAUUACAGAUGUUGUUCUGCAGACAGACACCAUGAUUCAGUCAUUUAACAUUUCAAAGAUGGGCUACAACAUCAGCUUUAUUCAACAACUCAUAGGUUACAUCAAGAGGAGAGUAACAGAACAUGAGGAAGGACAAGUGAAUUAUGUGUUCAAGAAUGAAUUCUUCGUGGAUUUGGUUUAUUCCAUCUGUAUGAAAGCAAAUAAGAAGAUUACUGACCAACACAGACUGUUCAGGGAAGCCAAUGAUCCUGUCAUAUGCAUUGAGAGGAAGAGAGAAGAAUACUAUAGUAUUUUCCAGAAAUACUGUCAAGGAGCAACAUCAGCUGCCAUUUUUGGAGAGAUCAUCUGUCAAAAACUGAAAGAGCCCAUUGAGCAGAGUGUCUACAAGAAGACUGCUAGAGAUUUAGCAGAUGAAAUUAGAUCAAACUGUGAAUCUCUGAAUGGAAACCGAUCGAAACUGGAGAAACACAUCCUGAAGACACUGGCAGAGGAGGAGGAUUUCGACAAAUAUAUGGACUACAUUCAUAAUCCCAGAGAUCACUUCAAGAGUUUCAUUAGAGAUGAAGUCAGUCGGUACAUCACUGAUAAGUUCAAUGUCAGUAUUUGGUACAAGAUGAAGGAGAACAUUAAACUCCUGCAGAAGAAGAUAAUAAAAGCAGCUCAUCAAUCUACUGAACAUGUCAAAGUGAACAGUGGAGAUGUUAGUUUGUGGUUAAAGAGUUUCACACAGCAGCUUUCAGAUGAGCUGAUCUUCUCUGAAAAAGAUCUCAGUGGAGUCAAACAUGAUGAUGUUGAUGUGAAACUCCUAGAAGGUGUCAUAAAGAAAGUGUUUCCUUAUAUAACAACUGACAUCAGCAGAGAAUUCACCAUCAAGGCAUUUGAUGAAAAACUGAGUGUGAAGUACAAGCCGGAUGAGCUUCUGAUUGAUCACUUCUGUCGGUGCUGUUGGGUUCAGUGUCCUUUCUGUAGAGCCACCUGCACCAACACCAUAGAAAACCAUGAUGGAGAUCACAGUGUUGCUUUCCACAGAGUGAGAGGAAUCAAUGGCACAUGUUAUCGUUUUACACCAAAUCUCUGUGCUGAUAUUUGCACACAUUCAGUGGCAAGUGAUCAGGAUAUUUAUACACCAAGUGAAAGGAUUCCAUGGAGCAAAAUACAAAUUGAAGUGUCUAAAUACGCCAUCUGGCACAUCAACCCUGGCCACUCAGUGCUGCCCUACUGGAAGUGGUUUGUGUGCAGAUUCCAGAAAGAUCUGGAAAAAUACUACAGUAAAACAUUUGAGUGUGAGGGUGAGAUUCCAUAUGAAUGGAGAACAUACACAAAACAGGAUGCUAUUAAGAGUUUAGAUAAAUAUAUCCAAUGGAUUAAAUAGAGAAUGAGAUUCUUGUCUCAUCCCUGAUUCUUCGUAGACCACAAAAGUGUUUCUGAUACACUUUACUGAGACUCUAAAUUCACUGACACUUCAUCAGAACAGUGAUGCACAGAAUACUGUGGUCAGAUUUUAGGAGUGUUAUUCACAUUAUCACUUGUUUAUACUUUUAUGUUUUUUUAUGCCUUUUUAUUGAGAUAGGAUAGUAGAGAGACAAAAGGAAAGUAUUGGUUGGAGAGAGAGGCGUGGGAUCGGGCAAAAGUCCUUGAUACAGGAAUGGAGCUCGGGUCACGGGUUUCCAUCCAAAGUAGCAAAUUUAACUUAUGUGCAAAAUUGAAAUAUCGCACAAAACAUUUGAAACAAGCAUCGUUUCCAUCCAUCAGGUCAAAGAGAACAUUUCUAGGAGGCAAUUAUACAGAAAUACUUUGAUGACA